CAGGUUAGUCCACGACUUGAACGAGGGCGUAACAUCACACGGUCGAAUUAAUUCUUUUGGGAGUCCAAGGUUUUCUAUCUUCUGGUCGAUGCUUCGGGCGUUCCCUGUGUUUGGAAUCCCACAGCUGUGCUUCCAACCUACUCAUAUUGUGAUUUGAAAUGGGAAGUAAAGGUCGUGCUCCACCUCCUCAUAUGAGACGGCCCCUUCCAGGCCCUGGGAUAAUGCAUCCAGACCCAUUUGGUCCCGGUGUCCACCCUUCACCAGGUGCAUUUCCACCUUUUGAUAUGUUGCCUCCUCCAGAAAUUAUGGAGCAGAAACUCGCAGCACAACAUGUUGAAAUGCAAAGACUUGCAAUGGAAAACCAAAGGCUUGCUGCUACCCAUACUGCUUUGAGACAAGAACUUGCCGCCGCACAACAGGAGUUGCAGAGGUUGCAGGCUCACAUAGGUGGUAUGAAAGCUGAAAAAGAACAACAAAUGAGGGGCCUUAUGGAUAAGAUUGCUAAGAUGGAAGUCGACCUGCAAGCGACGGAGCCUGUUAAAUUGGAACUGCAGCAGGCACGAUCUGAAGCCCAGAGUUUGAUUGCAUCAAGACAAGAGCAGAUUUCUAAAGUGCAACAACUCGCUCAGGAUCUCCAGAGGUCCCAUGCAGAUGGCCAGCAGAUUCCUGCCCUGAUGUCAGAACUUGAGGGUCUCAAGCAGGAAUAUCAGCAUUGCAGGGCUACAUAUGACUAUGAAAAGAAACUAUAUAAUGAUCAUCUUGAGUCGCUUCAGGUGAUGGAGAAGAACUAUGUUUCUAUGGCAAAAGAGGUAGAAAAGCUUCGAGCCGAGUUGGCUAAUACCACUAACCUUGAGAGAAGGACCGGUGUGCCAUACGGUGGCACUGCUGGGUACAAAGAGAAUGAAGCAGCUGUGCAUCAUCCCGUUGGACAUAAUGCUUAUGACGAUGGUUAUGGUGUUCCUCAGGGACGUGGCCAUCCUGGUUCUGCUGCUGCUGCUCCUCCUCCUCCCUAUGGUGGGGGCCCACCAGGGCCUACUGCACGAACUGGAUAUGAUGCUUCUAGAGGAGCUGGGUAUGAUGCACCCAGAGGACAUGGAUAUGAUACACACAGGGUUUCUGGUUAUGAUGCUCCCAGAGGUCCUGGGUAUGAUGUACAACCCAGAGGUGCUGGUGGUCCUCAAGGACAGGUUGCAUCUGGAAAUGCUGUACCUUACGGAUCUUCAACACCACCUGCACGUGCUGGUGGGGGUUAUGAGGCCCCUCAACGAGGUGGAAACCCCAUUCGGCGUUGAGCUUGGUAAUUUGAGAUCCAUCAUCUCUGAUUAAACCUGAUGAUGGGAUAAAACUUCUCAGCGUCCUUGGUCAGGCUUCUGGAUACUUUCUGAUGACAUGAUAUGUUUUUCUAUCAUUCUUGUUCCAUAUAGCCUGUGUCAAUUUAUUCAAGCUCUGAUAUUGAUGGUUUUAUUGCUCUCUAAGAAUUCUACACAUUCAGAGCAAUUGUAAUGAGAUGAUAUUUAUCCAUAUUUUGAGCAUACUGAGGUGGAAAUGGUAGAGGCAUCUGGCUCACGAUACCUUAAAAAGUGUAGCAAUGAUAAUUGUUCAUAAUUGUUCUA